CAAAGCCCAAGCCCUACUACCGUUCUUCGUAAAAUCCGUUACAUUCCACCUGCCAUCGCUUCAGUCCCACUCUACUAAAUUCCACUACCAUAUUCCUCUUUUCCUUCGAAUUCCAAACAAAUUGAGAAGAUUUGAAAUGAAAUGAAUUCUCAGAAUCUUUUAUACGCUUGAAUCUUGUUUCCGAUACACUCUCCAAUUCCAACGGCAAAAUGGCAGCGUCUUUGCAACUCUGUCGCGCUAAAACUCCAACCCACUCGGGAUUCUUCAACACGCGCUCGCCCUCGCCCUCGGUAUCUUCCACUCGCAUCCAGUUCGUAGCGUCUACGGAUUUAUUGUCGGCGAUCGGAGGCGGUGCGUGCAGGAGGAGGAGAGCGUUGAGAGUCGGUUACCAGAGAGGAAUCAGAGCGGUUCUUGAAGAGAAAAGGACGGAGGAGGAAGAGGAUGAGAAGGAAAGCUUUGGUGAAAAUGUGAAACAAUUCACUUGCGUUAUGAAGUUCGGGGGAUCGUCGGUGGCAUCGGCGGAGCGAAUGAAAGAAAUCGCCGAUUUGAUUCAGAGUUUCGAGGAAGAAAGGCCUGUCAUUGUGCUCUCUGCCAUGGGAAAAACCACCAACAAACUUUUGCUAGCUGGAGAGAAAGCUGUGAGCUGCGGAGUUUCGAAUGCGGCCGAAAUUGAGGAGUUGCGUUUUAUAAAGGAUUUGCAUAUCAGGACGGUUGAUGAGCUUGAAGUUGAUCGAUCUAUCAUUUCCUCAUAUUUAGAAGAAUUCGAGCAACUUUUGAAGGGUAUAUCAGUGAUGAAGGAGUUAACUCCUCGCACAAGGGAUUAUUUGGUCUCAUUUGGAGAGUGCAUGUCCACAAGAAUUUUUGCAGCUUAUCUAAAUAAAAUUGGCAUUAAAGCACGCCAAUGUGAUGCAUUUGAAAUCGGUUUCAUAACCACUGAUGACUUCACAAAUGCAGACAUCUUGGAAGCUACUUACCCAGCUGUUGCAAAGAGAUUAUACAGUGACUGGGUUAAUGAUCCUGCAAUUCCCAUUGUAACUGGCUUCCUUGGAAAGGGAUGGAAAUCUGGCGCAAUUACUACCUUAGGUAGGGGUGGAAGUGAUUUAACAGCUACAACCAUUGGUAAAGCUUUAGGCUUGCAAGAGAUUCAGGUGUGGAAGGAUGUUGAUGGUGUCUUAACCUGUGAUCCAACUAUUUAUCCGGGGGCAGAACCUGUACCAUAUUUAACAUUUGAUGAGGCAGCUGAGCUUGCUUACUUUGGUGCUCAGGUCUUACAUCCACAAUCAAUGAGACCAGCAAGAGAGGGUGAUAUUCCUGUUAGAGUCAAGAAUUCUUAUAAUCCUAAAGCUCCUGGAACUCUCAUAACUAAAACAAGAGAUAUGAGCAAGGCUGUGCUGACCAGCAUAGUUUUGAAGCGGAAUGUAACCAUGUUGGAUAUAGUUAGUACCCGCAUGCUUGGUCAAUUUGGUUUCCUUGCUAAGGUGUUUUCCAUUUUUGAAGAUUUGGGUAUAUCUGUGGAUGUUGUUGCUACAAGUGAAGUUAGUUUGUCUUUGACAUUGGACCCAUCAAAACUGUGGAGUAGGGAAUUGAUUCAACAGGAACUCGACCAUGUCGUGGAAGAGCUUGAGAAAAUUGCCAUUGUUAAUCUCUUGCAGCGCAGAUCAAUCAUAUCUCUCAUUGGGAAUGUUCAACGUUCUUCAUUGAUACUGGAAAAGGUAUUUCAUGUUCUUCGAACCAUUGGAGUAAAUGUCCAGAUGAUCUCCCAAGGGGCAUCCAAGGUGAACAUCUCACUGAUAGUAAAUGAUGGUGAAGCUGAAAAAUGUGUUAAGGCCCUUCACCAAUCCUUUUUCGAGAGUGGUGAUCUGUCCGAGUUAGUAGCUGAUGGUAGUUUUGGGAAUGGUUCUGCAUCGUUACUGCAAAUAGAAACUCAGUGAUACUUGCCACCAUCUCAUAAUACUUUUUGUUGGCUUACACAUUCGCAUAUUCAAAUCUUGUAUGUGAAUGACUCUAUUAUGCCUCUCCAUGUCUGAAAUGCACUGACCCUAUAAUUGAACUACUCACCGAUAACCAACCAAUCAUCAUCAUAUGACAUAUAUGCUUUCGAUUAUUUAUUA